AUGGUUCACACAAAUCAGUCAAAGGUUUUUGCCUAUGACAACUGCUUCUGGUCCAUCGAUGAAUCUCAAAAAGACAAGUUUGCAGGUCAGGAUGUGGUGUUCCAGUGCCUUGGGGAGAGUCUGCUGGACAACGCCUUCAUGGGAUACAAUGCCUGCAUCUUUGCUUACGGACAGACAGGCUCGGGGAAGUCGUACACCAUGAUGGGCACAGCGGAGCAGCCAGGUCUGAUCCCUCGGCUGUGCAGCUCCCUGUUCAGCAGGACGGUGAAGGAGGCGGGGGAGGAGGAGCAGUUCACUGUGGAGGUGUCCUACAUGGAGAUCUACAACGAGAAGGUCCGAGACCUGCUCGACCCCAAAGGAAACCGCCAGGCUCUGAGAGUGAGAGAGCACAAAGUGAUGGGGCCUUACGUGGACGGCCUGUCCCGCCUGGCUGUGGCCUGCUACACGGACAUCGAGUCUCUGAUGUCAGAGGGAAAUAAAUCUCGCACUGUUGCCGCCACCAAUAUGAACGAAGAGAGCAGUAGAUCCCACGCUGUGUUCAACAUCAUCCUCACACACACACUCACGGACCUGAAGUCUGAGACGAGUGGAGAGAAGGUGAGCAAGCUGAGUCUAGUGGAUCUGGCCGGCAGCGAGCGGGCGGCGAAAACCGGAGCAGCGGGGGAACGUCUGAAAGAAGGCAGCAACAUCAAUAAGUUACAAGGGGAUUUGUCUGACAUAUUUAGGAUCAGUGAAACCAGCCCCGCCCAGAGAGAAACUGCUGAAUCUACCUCCAUCCGCCAUCGUCGUUUCCUCUGUGUCUCAGACCUGCUAACACAGCAGGAGUUCUCACAAUCAUCAGAGGAUUUCAAGACGCACACAUGUUGCUUUGUUUACACCUAG